CACGGGUAAACCUAGAACCGCGCUCGGCCCAUGGCCGCGCGGUUAAAAAGGGGAUACUGGUCGUCACCUAAGACUUGCCUGAAUUUCUUUCCCUUUAGUUCCCACAGGGGAUGGAAUUUAGGCUAGGGCGCGUGGAUACGCGCGAGACGAGCUCGAUCGAUGUCAGGGCGAGUGUGCGCUCGAUGCUCGUUUCUCCGCAUCCCUUGCGAAUAUCAUUUCUUGCUCGUUGUGGUCCGUGUAAAUGGCCCGUAUUGGAGGGUUGGAAGAGACUUGCAAUGGUGUCAGCUAUGCUUGAAGAAGUCACCGAUUCCUUUUCUUGUGCUGUUUGUCUUGAACAAUUUAAAGAGCCAAAAGUUCUGCAAUGUCUGCACGCCUAUUGUAAGGGGUGCCUUGUAAAACUGGUGAAGAAAAAGGGAUCUGAUCAUGUCAUACCUUGCCCUGUAUGCAGGGAAGAUACAAGAGUUGCUGGUGGAGAUGUCAGCAAGCUUCCAUCAAACUUCUGGAUAAACAAUUUACAGAACACUCAACACAAUGCUUCCUCAGGAAGACCUGUGAUCUGUGAACACUGUGACAGUGGUGACUCAGCUAUUUCACAUUGCAGUAACUGCCGUGUUUACAUGUGCAAGUUUUGUGUUACUGCACACAAGAGAAUCCUUGCAACCAAAGAUCACAAGAUUUUAUCCUUGGAGGAAGUCAGGAGACUUGGUACCAAAAUCCCCAAAAAGCCAGCUAUGUGUAGCAAACAUAGCGGAGAAACUCUUAAAUUGUUCUGCAAAACAUGCCAGAGGAUAAUUUGCAGAGAUUGCAUCAUUGUGGAUCAGUGUAACCAUAAAUACAGCUUUGUUGCUGAAGUUGCUACUAAAGAAAGGAAAAUUCUUCAGGCUGUUCUUCAAGAAACAAAAAGCAAAGAGCGUGCAGUAGAAGAGGGUUUGAAAGCAUUAGAAACAAUGAAAAAUCGUGUCCAUGAUAAGGCUGCCACAGUAAACAAGGAUGUUGAUGCUUUUUUGGACAAGCAAGUGAAGGAAUUGGAGCAUUUACGAGCAGACCUUAAGUGUGAAGUUUCUGCGCAAGAGCGAGGAAAAGCCACACAGCUUAGUAGACAAAGUGAAAAGCUCUUGUCAUUUUUGAGGCAGUUGAAAUGUGGUAUUAAAUUCUGUGAUCAAGCUAUGGCAGAUGGUGAUGAUGUGGCAUUGCUGUCUGUGAAGAAUCAAGUUAUCCAACGACUUUCCCAACUCAAUGCAGAACAAUAUGACUGUCAGCCAUGUCAGAAUGAUUUUCUAAAGCUAUGUGUGCGUAAAGAAAUUGCAGACAUUGGGAAAAUGGCUGUAAUAUCUUGUGUUCCUAUCGACCCAGAGAAAUGUGUUCUCAGCAUGUUAGGAGGGGAGAAAGGAGUCUUAUAUGACACUUUAGCUGGACAGACUGUUGAUUUCUUGCUCACUUUAAAUCAUGAAGAGGGAGCUUGUACAGCAUAUAGCUGUGCUGUUAGUUCUGUUAGUGCUAUUGUUAAAUACAAACCACAUGGUCAGAUAGAAACACAGGAAAAAUUCCUUUCAGUAUGUGACGAUGGUGGUGGGUCAUACAGCUUUUCCUUUCUUCCAAAGGAGGUUGGACAAGUUGUGCUUUCAGUGAAAGUUGAAGGCCAGCACAUACACGGGAGUCCCUUCAUUUGGCAAGCAAAGGAUAAACAUUCAAAUUUCACAGUUAAGGGCGUAAAGAAGAUGAAAAUGACAUCUACCUGACCCUUGAUUUUUAAGAGAAUUUCCUGAUUAUUUGACGUGUGACUCACAGUAUUGCCUUGGCAAUUCUAUAUUUCCUGUAUGUUCCUCUUGUUACACAAAUAAGCAUUCCCUGAACUUCUAAAUCUUGGAUUUGCCAAAUUUUGCUAAUUAAAAGCGUCUUAUAUGGAGAGAGCACAUCAGAAAGAGUAGUUUUGGAAGGGGUUCGGCAAGAAGUAGAAUAAAAACUAUAAGAAUUAUUAAUAACCUAAGAAAUAGUGAAACUAGAAAGAUCUUAAAAGUUUAAAAAUUCAUAUAUGAAGCCAUUUGAGAGAACAAAAAAUUGAAAAAGUAGAAAUUCAAGAAAACAAAUUGGUGACCAAGCAGCUCAGAUUAUUUUUAAAAGGUUAAAUGACAAAAACUUAGUUCUUAUUUCAUUAAUCUGCAUCUUGUUGAUUUUGACAUAGAAAGUAAAUAGGGUACAUUUAAAGACAGUGCACCCAAAACAGUUUGUGCAUAUUUUUGUUAGUUUCCACAGUAUCGCUUGUCUUCCAUGGCACUAUUUACCAUCAAAAUGGACCAAAAACUAUUCCUGUAUAAUAGCUUUAGAAUAAAAAUAAAAAUCAAACUGACUAAUAAUUUCUUUCAGCAAACAUUUACAGUCAAGACAGCUGUAGCAUUCUGCUGAAAUAAUAAGCGAUGCUUUUCUUGAUUAAUCCAAUAGAGAGAGUUGAUAGUGAAUGUGCUUUAUAGUAAGUGAUUUGAUAACAAAGAUAAUUACAACAGUUUGUUUCCUAGAGUGAGAUUUGUACAUCUGAUGGUGAUGCAACAGCUUUCUCUCAUUCAUGCUCCUCCAAUCACAUGAAUAUCACUGCACCUUUCAAUAACAUGAAGACUCUAAAAUUCAAAGCUCAACUGACAAAUGCAUUUUUUGCUACCG